AUUAAAACAUUUAAAAAUUAAGCGGGCUCAUUGAAAAUGCCAUCCCUCCACCCGUAUGUAUGUAUGUAUGUAUGUUCAUAGGCAGGCCAGGCCCAUAAAGAUGAUGAUGAUCCACCACAAUGGGGGUGGAUAUCCGUACUAAGUGUGGUCGUGAUUUGGGGUCUGUUUUCUCGGUGUGGUAGACAUGCCACAAAUAAUUAAUCCCACGAGAGAAGGAGAAGGAGAAGUAGAGGUGGAGGGAAGCCCAACCUCCAAACUCCUCACCAUCACCUUCUCCUCCUUCCCCUCCUAAAUCCCCACUCCCAAUUUUCUCCUCCACAGAUCCAUCAAGGUCGAGAUCAACAACAUUCAACACAUGGCUGCGGCGUCGCGGAGGCUGCGGGAGGUCCAGGCACAGCCGGGGAACAAGACGUGCGUUGAUUGCUCUCAGAAGAACCCUCAAUGGGCCUCCGUAUCCUACGGCGUCUUCAUGUGCCUCGAGUGCUCCGGCAAGCACCGUGGCCUCGGCGUUCACAUCAGCUUCGUCCGCUCAGUCACCAUGGACUCCUGGUCCGAGAUCCAACUCAAGAAGAUGGAGUCUGGUGGUAACGAUCGCCUCAACGCCUUCCUCUCCGGCUACGGCAUCCCUAAAGAGACUGACAUUGUCACCAAGUACAACACCAAUGCCGCUGAAGUUUAUCGCGAUCGCAUCCAAGCCUUAGCCGAAGGCAAAACCUGGAAAGACCCUCCCGUCGAGAAAGAGAACCUGAAGAAAUCCGGUGGUAAGCCGCCGACAGGAAGCAACAAUGCGGCGGGUAAGACCGGGGGUAAUUGGGAUCACGACGACUUCCGAUCGUCGAAUAAUAACAUGAGGAGGAACCAGACAGUGGGGGAUUUCAGGGCGGGGAGUGGCUCCCAACCAUCGCGAUCCAGGUCGACGGAGGAUAUGUACACAAGGGCGCAGAUGGAGGCUUCGGAGGCGAACAAGGAGAACUUUUUCGCGAUGAAAAUGGCGGAGAAUGAAGUGAGGCCGGAGGGAGUGCCGCCGUCGCAGGGCGGCAAGUACGUUGGAUUCGGAUCAAACCCGGGGCCACCGCCGCCGCGAAGUAACUCGCAAGGGGACAUGUUCAAAGACACCGUCUCCGUUGUUUCACAGGGUUUCGGUCGAUUAUCCCUAGCUGCUGCCUCAGCGGCUCAGUCUGCUGCUAACGUUGUCCAAGCAGGCACAAAGGAACUGACUUCUAAGGUGAUGGAUGGUGGCUAUGAUUACAAAGUGAAUGAAACAAUCAACGUUGUAACAACAAAAACCACUGAAAUUGGACACAAGACAUGGGGGAUCAUGAAAGACGUCAUAGCAAUGACUUCACAGAAGGUUGAAGAAUACACCAAAGAUGGGAAUGGAUGGGCUGGUGGGGAUGAUUGGCAACUCAAAGAGAAUGAGAAGAAUGGGUACUACCAAAGGUUCAGGCAAGAAGUUGGUCACUCUGAUAACGAAACUUAUAAAACUAACAAAGGUUGGGAUAAUUGGGAAAGUAACAACACCUCAGGCAAAAAACACAGGUCUUCUAACUCAUGGGAUGAUUGGGAAGAAGUGGGAGGAAAAAGCCAGGAAAAGAGAAGAUCUGGUUCUGAUGACUGGGCUGGGUGGGAUGAUGGCAAAGAUGAUAAUAGUAAUAACCAUGGAUCAUAUAAUCAUGGAACUAAGCACAAUGGAAAAUCCGAUAAUUCAUGGUCUGAAGGUGGUUUUCACUAGCCCUGAAUCAUCUACUACUCAUGUCUUUUGACUUUCCUUUUACCAUCAAAUAUGGAGAUUCUUUGUUCAUAAAAUUUUUGUAUAACAUACUCUAAAUUGCUAAAUAAAGUAUGUAU